GUUAUAAAUUAUCUAUUCGUUACAUUAUGUCAAUUUCCAAAACUAAUAAACCUUGUAUUUUCUCUUCUUAUUGCAUGUUAAUGUCUAAAGUUAACUUAUGAUGAAAUUGACUGACAAAAAAGAAAGUGUAUUCACUCCAAUUUGAUAUCAUAUUUAGUGCCACCCGUGGUGAUUCGCUUCAAAAAAGUUUGUGUCGAUAUUUCAUAAGCAUUUGAGAGUAUUAUUACUAUGAAAUUUCGUUUGCGGCUAACAAAGCUAGCAAGCUAUGGAAGGCCGUUUCCAAAUUUCCAACAAUUCUCUUCAGCCCUUCACCCCAACAACGUUGUUACUUGGACAACCCUCAUCACCCAACUCUCCCACCUCAACAAACCCUUCCAAGCCUUAACCCAUUUUAACCGCAUGCGAAACACUGGCAUAUACCCAAAUCAAUUCACUUUCUCAGCAAUCUUACCCUCAUGUGCUCAUACCAAACUCCUCACCCAUGGUCAACAAAUGCACUCUUUGAUUUUUAAACAUGGCUUUUUAAAUGAUACAUUUGUAGCCACCUCGUUACUUGACAUGUACGCUAAGUGUUUGAAUAUGUUUUUUGCUGAGAAGGUGUUCGAUGAAAUGUACCAUAGAAAUCUUGUUUCUUGGAAUGCUAUGAUUGUUGGGUUUCUGAAAAACAAGUUGUAUGGUCGUGCUAUUGGACUUUUCAGGGAGGUUCUUUGCCAAGAUUCACUUGAUCCCGAUCAAGUGACUUUUUCAAGUGUGUUGAGUGCUUGUGCUGGUGUUGUUGAUUUAAAUUUUGGGAUUCAAGUGCAUGGGAAUAUUGUUAAGCGUGGUUUGAUUUCUUUGGUUUAUGUGAAUAACUCUUUGGUGGACAUGUAUUGUAAAUGUGGAAUGUUUGAUGAUGCAACCAAGUUGUUCUAUAGCGCAGGAGAUAGAGAUGUUGUUACGUGGAAUGUGAUGAUCAUGGGAUGCAUUCACAAUGAAAAUUUUGAACAAGCUUGCCGGUUUUUCAAUGCCAUGGUAAGGGAAGGCGUAGUACCUGAUGGGGCUUCAUACUCUUCCAUUAUUCAUGCUUCUGCAAGUAUUGCAGCAUUGGCACAAGGCUCCUUGAUCCAUGCCCAUGUACUAAAAACUGGGCAUAUGAAAAACGCUUGUGUUUCGAGUUCAUUGGUGACAAUGUAUGGCAAAUGUGGGAACUUGUUUGAUGCUUAUAGGGUCUUCCAAGAAACCGAGGAUCGUAAUGUGAUCUGUUGGACGGCCAUGAUAGCAGUUUGCCACCAACAUGGCUGUGCAAAUGAAGCAAUUGAGUUAUUUGAGGAGAUGCUUAAAGAGAGUGUUGUGCCAGAAUACAUUACUUUUGUCUCUGUGCUGUCAGCAUGCAGCCAUACUGGAAAGGUUGAUGAUGGUUUUAAGUACUUCAAUUCUAUGGCUAACAUCCAUAACAUUAAACCCGGACCUGAACAUUAUGCUUGCAUGGUUGACUUGCUUGGUCGUGUUGGUCGAUUGGAGGAGGCAUGGAACUUUAUUGAAUCGAUGCCGAUUAAGCCUGACUCGUCUGUUUGGGGGGCUUUGCUCGGAGCAUGUGGAAAAUAUGGUCAUGUUGAAAUGGGGCGAGAGGUUGCGGAGAGGCUUUUCAAGUUGGAACCAGAUAAUCCAGGUAACUAUGUGUUGCUUUCUAAUAUCUAUACACGACACAGGAUGUUGGAUAAAGCUGAUGAAGUCAAGCGAUUGAUGGGGAUCAAUAAGGUAAGGAAAGAUAUUGGAUGUAGUUGGAUCGAUGUUAAGAACAAGACUUUUGUAUUUACUGUGAAUGAUAGGUCACAUUCAAGGACACGUGAUAUUUAUGAGAUGUUGCAAAAUUUGAAGGAGUUGAUAAAGAAGAGAGGAUAUGUGGCUGAGAAGCAGUUUGCAACUAACAUUGUAGAAGGGUCUGAAGAGCAGAGUUUGUGGUGUCAUAGUGAGAAAUUAGCUCUUGCAUUAGGUCUUCUGGUUCUCCCAGCUGGAUCUCCAAUAAGGAUAAAGAAGAAUUUGAGGACUUGUGGUGAUUGUCAUACUGUUAUGAAGUUUGCUUCUGAGAUUUUUCGAAGGGAAAUUAUUGUGAGAGAUAUCAACAGGUUUCACCGAUUCACAAAUGGCUCGUGCUCUUGUAGAGAUUAUUGGUGAUUGAAGCGCUGACAAAAUGAACACAACGUAUUUGUUUUGACAUCAAAGGCAUAUUAAAGCAUCAAAGCAAUAAAUUUUAUGUCUGUGUUUGAAAAUCCAUUGGAGAUCUCUUAACUUUAGUUGAAGCAAUACAUAUAUAUUGAUGGAUUUCAAAACACACUAGUAACUUUGAAAUGUGAAGCCAUUUUGGGGGGCUGCCAUUGAGCUUGUACUUUCACUUAUAUAUUCUUUGCAAUUCUGUCUGUUGUCGGCAAGUGGCGGCAACCUUCAAUUGGGGGAAAGACAUUGUACAAACACAACUGUUUGAGAGUGACAGCUGAUAACUCACAAUCACUUCAGAUUUUGUUGUCCAAACUUUUCUUCUAAGGAUCAAUUUAUACUAUGUUUGGACUUUGGAUGCAUGGUGACAUGUGAAAAAUAACUUUUCAUUGAAUGGUGUUAUGACACUGAUCUAAGCAUAGCUUUAGGCUGCUAUGCUUUCCAAGAUUACUGACUUGGACGAAUCCACCAAACAAUGUCCUUGUUGAGUAGGCCCAAGAUUCAAUGUGCCUUAAAAGCUAAGCUCCAACCAGUGUAGGCUAAUCUGCACCCAUUAUUGACUUGGAGCUCACUCUACUAUUAAGUGAGUUGCUUGGAGAUAAACCCUUAUCUGGAAACAUACUUCAACCUAACUAACUUAUCAGCAUAAAGAUACGCCUUUUGGAAGUCCACUUAUAACAUGAUUUAAAUAGUUCGUAACAAAUUCUAUACCUUGACUCCUAUCCAAUAAGCAAGUAGCACACAGACCAUAAGACUCCUAAUCUCUCGUGAGGAUAUCUGAAAUGUGCGGAUCUUGGCCAACUACCACCUCUAUAAGGGUACGACUUCCUAGGUUAUGCUAGUGUGAAGCAACAACUGGUGGACUUGAACAAUCAAAUUUGGUACUCGAUGGUGGUCAUGCCUCAUCGACAAAUGACAAAGGAGGUGUUAAUCCCGGUAGAGAAGACAGCCUUGUGAUCGAUAAAUCUCACAAGUAAGUAUUACUAAUAUUUGAAGUUAAGGGAGUGUCUUAUUGGAACAACUUAGCGUUGUACUUGCAGGUUAUGACUGACUGGCCAAUUAAAAAGAAUAUAGGCUUUCAGAAAUGAGUCCAAAUUAUCUUGAUUUCUUCUCUGUAAGUUCAGUCUAGAGUACCACAGAGGAUAUUUGAAAGUCACUGAGGUUGGGAUUCCAGUUUUUGACUUGCCAAUUUAUACAGAUUUUGGCAUCUUUGGAGGCGGAACUUAUUUGUACAUUUAUGUAGGACUAUUUAGUCAAAUCAAUACCAUAAAAAUGUUACAUAUCCAAGUUUCCUAGAAACAUGCAUUCAGAUGUUUGAUUCAGAUA